AUGGUGUUCUCUUUGUGUCGGUUUGAGCCCCGUCAGGGCUACUGGAGCGACUUUGAUCUCAAAGGAAUCAAGAUCAAGGUCAAGUCACUAAAGAAAGGCACUUUCCAGGACGGCUCAGAUCAAAUUCCUCCGUAUUUCUGGGCCAAGGGUUUCAGAAAUCGAGUAAGAAGAAUACUAGGCCGUAAGCCGAGAAAGCAUUCUUUCCCCAUCCAUACCGGCUAUUCCGAAGCAAGAGCCUUGGUCGGCGAUGGAACUGUGCCAGAAUUAGCAGCCCUCUCUGACCAAGCCCGGGGCAUCAUCGCUGAGAUCUUCGGGGACAUUGGAGAUGUGCCAGAAAGUUCAUCUCUAAACGAAAAACAAUCAUUAUCCUCUAUCGAGUCAGGACCCCGGAUAGUUCAAUUGAAACUAUCCGCCGACCUCCAGAGCUGGAAAGAUAGUCAGCAUGCAGCUGGCAACAUCUUGCCACCCAAGGGCACCGGACUGAAGCCGGCUUCAGACAUUGCUCUCAAGAACCUCGGAGCAUCAGACUGGCCGGAGGCAAUGAAGACGAACAAUGCCAUAUUCGGCUGCGGCAUUGCCAGUCUGCUAAUGGGCGCUGCUGACGCGCGAACUAUGUUCUCCAACUAUGUCACUGACAUGGCCUUUUACUACGAGCACGGUUACAACUACGUCUUUCCGACGUUAGAACCGCUUCUGCAGAGAGGCUUGGAAGAUCCACAUGCGCUACGCACUCCUGGAGGGCGCGAGCGUCGAGACGCCGUCUCUCUCGGCAAGCAAUACAUCCAAGGCAAGAUUGCACUGGAGAAGCGGCACGUGAAGAAUUUGACGUAUCGGUCAGCACGACUAGAUCGGCGUUCUGCACAAAUUGUUUCUCUGUCAGAGAGCAGCUUGCUCGGCAUGGCAGCCGAGGCGAUAGCACGAGGCUUCGAUCCAGCUGGCGUUAUGGCUGAUCUUGUCUUCAGCUCCCCAGGCACUGACGUUGUCGAUGUUGGAUGCGACCUGGUGAAUUCAGAGGUCAUGAACUCCUUCCUGAAUGUGACAGACAUCACAGACACAGGUGUCGUAAGCGAAGAGGUUCUGCACAAGAUAUAUGAUGCCUACGCUGCAGCAAGCGCCAGGAUGCUGACCCAGAGGUGGCAUGAGCCAGUCGCCAGAAUGUGUGCUGCUUUGUAUACAUGGCAUAUCCAGAAUGACCGGCACUUGUUCUUCCGUCGCGCCCUUCUGGGCUGGUCCAAAGCCCGAAAGACACCCGCUCAGCCUCAGUUUGAGGCGGACUUCGACGAGGUAUUUGACAAGCAGUACCGCACAACUGGCUUCAGCAGGCCGCUUGAUCCCAAAUACGCAUGCAACGGCAAAGACACAUGCGACCACGUCGACCAUUUCCUUGAUCGCAACCAAGAUAAGCCAGUACUACGGGAACUCUGGGAGUUUCUCGUCACGGGUCCACUGGACGUGAAUACGAACUUGUUGAAGGCUCAAGAGUGCGAAUGGCCGAGCUUUUCUCUCGCGGUCAGAUCCUCGAGAUGGUUUGGAUUAUCGCUCACGCGAAUCACCACGCCUGGCAGGUCAACUAUUUGUUUGAAGCCGCCAUGUUUGGCAGCAUCCUUGACGGAGGCAAAUUGGCCGGCAAGCUGGACAGGGCAGACGAGAAGUAGGAUUUGA